AUGGAUUCCUCCUCCACGGCAGGCCGAGCCGACCUCUCCAACUGGCGACAAAGCCCACACAACCAGUGGGCGUUCGUGAACAUAGGUAAGUCCAGUGCCCCCCGAAAUCCCUGUAGUGGGACCAAGUCGUCUCGUCCUUGCACCACUAAACUCCUCCUCCUACUCCUACAACAGACAAAAUCUUGAAGACAGAAACGGUUGGAAAAUCCGAUGCUCCAAGUCCUCUACCGAGCGCGCCACGAAGUUUCGACGAUUUCCAUGUCCCGUAUCAAGAUUCUACUCUGGAUCUGCCCGGAUGGAUCGAGGAGGGUCAUGUGGGUGGGUUGAUGGUUCUUCAGCACGGCAAGGCGCUGUAUGAAGGUUACUUUCGCGGAAAUGAUGCCAAGUCGAGGCAUAUUGUCAUGUCCAUGACGGUAAGUAUCGCUCGUAUGGUUUCCGAUCUUCGUACAGCGAGAAGAAUGCGUCGGCUUCUGCCGGACUUUCGGCCAUGAGGAGCCAGCUUGCUCGUAGGCAGAGAUGUGGUGAUGGCAAGCUCUGAAUCUCGUAUCUGACAGCAGCCCAGAAAUCCGUGACGGGCCUUUUGUUAGGUAUGCUCCAGCAGCAAGGCAAGCUGAACGUUAACGACCUCGUCACGAAAUACGUGCCCGAGGUAUCGAAUACGAUCUACAACAACGUCACCAUUCGGCAAUGCAUCGACAUGAGGUCGGGCGCCAAGUACCAUGACGACAACCACGAAUACCGCUGUGCCGCGGGUUGGAACGCGGAGAAAGGCGAUGAAAAGUUCACCAAUCUCCAUGACUUUAUCUCGAAUUUCGACCCGAUGCGUGCAGAGGACGAUCGUUUCGAGUACGUCUCCGUCAAUACAGAUCUAAUCGGCUGGGUCAUCGAGCGCGCAGGCGGCAAGAAAUUUUCCGUGCUGGUCCAGGAUCUGCUUUGGAAACCUAUGGGCGCAGAAAGCGAUGCACUGGUGGCUGUCGACAAAGAGGGAAAUGCUCGUGCUGCUGGCGGACUGUGUGCGACUCUGCGAGAUAUUGCCCGCAUUGGACAAUUGAUUGCAGAGGGUGGGCGAGGCGUGGUGCCAUCGGACUGGAUCAAGGAUAUGGUUGAGGGCGGUGAUCUCGCCGCAUUCGCCAAGGGCAGCUGGGCGACGGGAUUUCAAAGAGCUUUCCAGAGCCCAGCAUAUCGGUCUCACUGGAUCUCCGACAGCGCGUCGGACGUGACGAUGGCAUUGGGAAUUUUUGGUCAGAUGCUGUUUGUGGACCGCAAGAACGGGAUCGUGAUGGCGAAGACAGCUUCGCAGGCUGAUCCGUAUGACUUUGCUAUGAUCGGCUUAACUGUAUUGGCUUUCAAGGAAGUCCAGAGGAUUCUGACUUCUUGA